AUGCCUCAGCUCCAUGACGAUCGUCUGCCACUCAAGAAGGCACGAGCAAUAAUCUACAGCGAUGAAGAGGAAGACAUUCGACGUGAUUGUACUAGACCACAAAUGAGCACUCGCUUAGUUGAACAUCUCUUCGAUGACGAUGUCCCAUGUAGGUCACGUUCGCACAGCACUGGACAAGAUAACCAGCAAGAUGAAGAUGAUCAACAGGAAGACGAGGAGCAGGAGGAUGAUGGCAUCGAGCCGAGGCAUUUCGAGAAGCUCAUCCGUGAGAUGCGCUAUAGCAAGGCAGACAAUGAUGACGAGAGUGCUUCGAAGCUCAUAGAGCAUUACAGCACUCUCCUGAGGAUCAUACCUGGCCUGGCGAAGCUUGUUCCACAUUUUGAGAACGAGCCAGAAGACCUUGUUCACUUCACCACCUUCCUGUCUCACAAGGCCCGUUCGGCACGCAUGGACGACCUCAGCAAUGUAAAGAAAAACAUAUUAAGAUUUGUUCCGACAAUCAGAAACAUUCCGUACAUUGACUCUGAGCAUCCGAAGGAAGCACGAGGAUUCCAUCACUUCGCGACUGCACAUCUUUUAUGCCCUCGUCGAAUGCGCAAACACUUCGAUGAGGAACCCGAGAAGUUCUGCAAGGAUGUCCUCGAGGGCCAGAUUUUCAUUGCAUCCACAGACCUCCCAUCGAUGGUCUAUCCCGAGAAUGGUUACAAUCCAUGUGCUGUCGAUGAAAAUGCCUUGAAGAGUGACCUGCUGGCUUCGUGCUUUCGAGCGCUGUUCACGGGACCUCGCAGUGGCAAACUGCCGAGGAACAAGGUCCCUGGUGAGCACAAGAAGGGAGGUGGACGUAACCCUAUCACCUACAAUUACCGCAUGAAAGAAUGCAAUGAAUACAACAUUGCGUAUCUUGUAACUUUGGCUCGCUUUGCAGCAAACUCCCAGUUCGAAUGGACUGAGGCAGACGGCGACUUCUGCAGCGAAGAAUUCUUCAAUUUCAUCCUCGCUCUCUUUGAAGACCCCGAGUGGCAUGAGAAGACACUUGCUUGGUACAAUGCUGAAGUAUUUGGAAAGGGACCUCGCGCAAGCAGCGAGGACUCAGCUCAACUAUAUGUGGGCCCAUCUUCGCUAGGUCUCCUCGCACAGCAGCGUGCUGCGAGGCGUGCCAUGACACAGGUUGCCACUCCUCCUCUGUCAAGCGAGGAUGGUAGAUCAGAGAUUGAAGAGCCCGUCGAUGCGAGUACAAGCCUCAGAGCUUGA